AUGCUGUUUAACGGAGCGCAGUCAUAUUGCUCCUGCCCUAGCGGAUACCAGGGGGCGCUUUGCGAAGUCAGUAGUACCACUGCCGACGACACGUCUCUUGGUUGCUACACGUACACGAAGAGCAAGUUGAGCAAGUGCAGCAGCGAAACGAAUAAGCAGCCGUCUGUGGAUUUAUGUCGGAGUGACUUCCAAACGGCCGCUGGAAAAGACAACGGCCUCAGCUAUUACUGCACCUACGGCGGCACGUGCUACUUUUGUGAUGACAACCCUUACGAUGGGGUGUCCACGAGCUCGGGAAGUGGCUGUACGGCAAAGUGUUCGGCAAGCGUCAGUGGAAUCGGGACCAGCACAUCGUAUUCUGGAGCCUCGGAAAUAUGCGGGAGCUCGAGCAACGGCAACCAGCGCGUUAUUUGCUACGAGUAUUCGGACCUCGAGAACAAUCCCUGCGACCCGAACCCGUGCCAGAAUGGUGGCAGCUGCUCGAAUGGCACGGAUUUUACGUAUGGUUGCUCGUGUCCGGCUGGAUAUACUGGAACUACAUGUCAAACCAAAAUCAAGUGCUCCUCUAGCCCAUGCCAAUACGGUAGCGUCUGUAUCGAUUCAGCCGAUUUUUCGAGCUACUCCUGCGUCUGCUUGAGCCUUUAUACAGGCCAGAAUUGUGAUAUCCCAAACAUGUGCAUCUCCAAUCCGUGUGUCCACGGUACCUGCUCGGUCGUGUCGAACUCCUUCGAUUCUACCUAUCAAUGCACAUGUGAGGAGGGGUGGACAGGACCGCAUUGUGAUGUUGACCCGGAUGACUGCAUCUACACCACGACAAAUAAGAUCAAGUACAGCCCCUGUAACACCACAGAUAAGCAGGGCCAAUGCAUCGACGGUUUCAACUCUUACACGUGUUCUUGUGGUCCUGACUAUACUUCUGAUGAUUGUACGAUCCCCAUGAUCGUCUGGAACGCCACGAUCAUCAUUUUUGGCGAGGGUGCGACCGUUGGGAGCGAUUUGAUCAGUCUUCUCACCGACUUGCUGAGCAACCCGGCCAACAUUGCCGACAUGGUGCCGUUUAUUUUGGGAGGUGACUCCGUUGAGGAAAGGGAAUCGUUCAGCUACAGCUUCACGGACAUGUUCGCCUGGGCCGCUUAUGAAGAGCAUACCCUCACUUUGGAACGCGACAUGUACAUGUGGAACGACGUGACGCUCGGGAAUUGUUUCACCUUCAACCAUCGUAACAACACCCAGGCUCAGUAUUUGGGGAGGAUGACGGGGAGAACGGGAGGUCUUUACGCAAUGCUCAAAAUCAACCAGGCCGAGUACUGUCCGUGGAUCGAAACGUCUGGAAUACAGACAGCCUACACCCGCCUCGGCGGUCGCUACGGUACCUGCGUCCAUGACGCCACCGAGGUCAAACAGUACUACUACACCGGAGCUUAUGAUACUGAUGGCUGCAUCCGCUCGUGCUACCAAGAAGCCGUCCAAGAAAGUUGUGGCUGUAUGGAUCCGCGGUAUCCGAUGGCAGCGACGGCGACAGCUUGUAGCUUGACCCAACGAACCUGCGUGAACGACAUCGACGCGUUGGGCGACCCUUCGACUUGGCCAUCUUGUGUCUGCCCUCAAGCCUGUACCCAACGGGUCUAUGAUGUCGAUACUUUUACGAGGACUAUCUACUCGAUUAGUCAUUCUCUAUUUCUCUGCCGCGAGCUCCGACUUUCUCCCGAUCUCGGCCUCGAC